CCUCCGGAAAAGGAUUUCCGAUAAAAGUUUCUGAAACAUUUUAUCAUCCAACUUCAUUUCAGCACCUUUUUGCCUCACACAACACAUUUUGCAGUUCAUAUGCAAAGCAACUACAAAGAUUAUCGAAAAGGCUGAGGAGUAUUGGACAAAAAGAUCCUAUACUCCUUGCGUCAGGACAGAUACUUUAAACCUAUCUAUCUUUUUUCCCCAAUCAGACCAUGCUUCCUCCACUUCCCAAACUCAGCAAAUACGGAAUAUCUCCAGAGUAUGGUUUUCUUCCGGCUGAUUUGCCUCUCGAACGACUUCCCGAUCCAUACUACAACAAAUGGGAGGCGAUCAAUGCAAACCUUCAAGGUUUGAUUUUGAGUAAACGCCUGCGCGGUGUUAUUGAUCGUCUGCCAGUUCUUUCGACUGCCGGUCUGGAACACGAUUCGGAAUGGCGAAGAGCAUAUUCGUUGUUAUGUUUCAUGGCGCAUAGUUAUAUCUGGGGUGGUGAUAGCCCGGAAGAGAACCUGCCGCCAUCCAUUACAGUCCCCCUUUUACACAUUUCAAACUACUUGGAAGUACCACCAGUCGCCACAUAUGCUGCCGUCUGUCUCUGGAACUUUAAACCAUUGUUCGCAGAUGAGCAUGUCGACAAUUUAGAGAAUCUUGCCACAUUGACCACAUUUACUGGCUCUAUCGACGAGUCUUGGUUUUAUUUGGUUUCAGUGGCAAUUGAAGCUCGCGCUGCUCCCGUUCUUCCGCUCAUGCUUACAGCAAUUGAGGCGGCUCGUAAGAAUGAUAGCAGGACUGUUACAUCUUGUCUUCGAACUUUUGCGGAGAGAAUCGAUGAUCUUGGAACACUUCUUCAACGUAUGCAUGAAAGCUGCGAUCCUCAUGUGUUCUAUAAUCGAAUCCGUCCUUUCCUUGCUGGUAGUAAGAAUAUGGAAGAAGCCGGAUUACCAAAUGGAGUUUUCUAUGAUGAGGGUAAUGGUGUUGGUCAAUACCGUCAACUUUCUGGGGGUAGUAAUGCUCAAAGCUCCAUUCUUCAAUUUUUCGACAUUGUUUUAGGAAUAGAACAUCGACCCACGGGUGAGAAGAAGGAUGCCGCUUCAGAGAGUGAAGCCGAAGGCGCAGCUCCACGAACUAAGCAUAACUUUCUUCUCGAAAUGAGAAAAUACAUGCCAGGAGCUCAUCGACGAUUCCUCGAAGAUAUGACCGUCGUGGCCAAUAUUCGCGGUUACGUCGAAGCGCAUACCGAUAACCAUGAGCUCUGUCUCGCCUACGAUGCUUGUCUCGCCAUGUUGCGUACAUUCCGCGAUAAACAUAUCGCUAUUGUCACACGUUACAUCGUUAUCAAAUCCCGUGAAUCUCACUCUCAUUCCCGUUCCAUGAGUCCCGAGGCAACUCGUAGCCGAAAGGUAGAUAUUGCAACGGCAUCUCGUGGAAAGGGUGAUGACGAAGAGAAGAAGAAGAAAUUGAAGGGGACAGGUGGUACGGCGCUUAUCCCCUUUUUAAAACAAGCGAGGGAUGAAACUGGAGAGCCCACAAUUGAUUCUUGGGCGAGAAGAGUCAUGAAUAGAGAUUUGAAUACGAUGGGUAAAGGGGAUUUCUUUGUGGGAAAAUUGGAUGAGCAUCCUGAUGGAGGAUUAGAAUUGGGUGGAUUGGCUGGAACAUGGACUUUGGAUGAUGAGGUUGGUGGAUUGUGUAGUUAUUAAGCAGAUGUAUGUGUUACUUAUUACUGCGUGGCUUUUUGCUUGAGUACACUUAGUUUGCCUCUGUUAUUCUUUAUAGAGAUACCUACCUACUCAUAGAGGUUUUUGUAAUGAGUGGCAACUGUUUGAUGAGUUAUUGAGAUGAGUCAGUCAGCUAGUCGAAUUUAAUGAAUUUUGUCGCUAGUUUGAUAUUGAAUUUUGAGAAU